GGGUUCGGUCUGGGACUUACGGUCAACCAUGUCAAAAGUCAUCCAGAAGAAGAACCACUGGGUCACCAAAGUGAACGAAUGCGCCGUCGUGCGGGACUCUUGCGGGGAGAUAAACGUGGAGCUGCGCGGAGGAGCGGAGAACGGAGAGUUUCCCUACAUCGGCCAAGUUCGAGAGGAUGCUGUGCUUUUCCAGGACGGGAAACUGUGCGAGGGGGAGCUGCUCCUGGAGGUGGAGGGGCUGUCUGUGCCUGGAUUACCCCUCUAUGACAUUUUCACUGUGAUCCACUGCUGCAAAGGUCCCGUCAGGUUAAAAACUGUGCGUCAAGGUCACAAGCUCAACAAAGACCUGAAACACUACCUCAGCUUGAGGUUUCAGAAAUCUUCCCCCGACCAUGAACUGCAGAAGACCAUCCGAGCCAAUCUGUACCGCCACGCUGUGCCUUGUACAACCCGCCCCCCUCGAGACGGCGAGGUCCCAGGGGUGGAUUAUAACUUUCUGUCUGUGGAGGACUUUCUAGAACUUGAGGAAAGUGGCACACUACUGGAAAUAGGAACGUAUGAAGGUAACUAUUAUGGGACCCCCAAGCCGCCAAGGCAGCCCAUCAUUGGGACAGUGAUUCUCAGUGAUGCAGACUCCCACCGGUCCACCCCGACACGCACCAAGUCUUACAAUGACAUGCAAAACGCCCGCGUAGUGCCUGCUGACGACGAUGAUGACGACCAGGCCACGGAAAUGAACAACAGUUUUACAGGAUCCUUAGUGCGUAGUCUCUUCCCCUCUCCUUUGUUGUGCACAGGUAACCCUAACGACCAGGACGAGAGCCGCGGCGGCAUCCUCCGGCCGUACCCUGCACGUGACAAUGCUCCAUCCUGUGGUCUGAACAAUGCGGCCACCUCCACUGCAGAGAGCGGGCAGCAGACGCUCGCCGAGCCGCAGGUCUCCCCGGAAGACCCGCUGGGACCGCUGCCCGAGAACUGGGAGAUGGCCUACACUGAGAACGGAGAACUUUACUUCAUAGACCACAACACAAAGACCACAUCAUGGCUGGAUCCUCGGUGUCGAGACAAAGCGUCCAGGCCUUUGGAGGAGUGUGACGACGAUGAAGAAGGGAUCCAUACGGAGGAUCUGGAGAGUGAUCUCGAGCUCCCUCCAGGAUGGGAAAGAAUAGACGACCCGGUGUACGGGGUCUACUAUGUAGAUCAUAUAAACAGGAAGACUCAGUAUGAAAACCCAGUGGUGGAGGCGCGGCGUCGAAAAAUCCUGGAACAGCAGCAACAGCCGCAGCCUCCAGAAGGUGAGCGGUAUAUUCGAGAUGUUUGCUCUUUAUUGGAACCCCCUGGACGAAUAGAGUGGAUAGAGGAGCACUCCUCAGCAGCAGCUCCGCUGGCAAACUACGCUCCAAACCACCUGGAGACCUACAGGGACCCACAGGUCCCACCAACCCUACCUCCAGGCCCUGCAGGAGUGAAAAGAGGGAAACCUUUCUUCACGAGAAACCCUGCGGAGCUCAAAGGAACCUUCAUCAACACCAAGCUGAAGAAAAGUCGCAGAGGUUUUGGCUUCACUGUAGUUGGAGGCGACGAGCCGGACGAGUUCCUGCAGAUCAAAAGUCUGGUGCUGGACGGGCCUGCAGCUGUGGACGGCAAGAUGGAGACAGGCGAUGUGAUAGUGAGCGUGAACGACACCAUCGUGCUGGGCUACACCCACGCUCAGGUGGUGAAGAUCUUCCAGUCCAUCCCCAUCGGCUCCAUGGUGGACCUGGCCUUAUGCCGCGGCUACCCGCUGCCCUUUGACCCCGAUGACCCCAACACCAGCCUGGUGACCUCAGUGGCCAUUUUGGAUAAAGAGCCGAUCAUCGUCAACGGACAGGAGACGUUCGACUCGCCGUCCAGCCAGGCCGGGCCCAUCAACGGCAUGCGGGAACCCCGGCCGCACAGCCCCUCGGCCGAGGUGGCGUCCAACGGCUCGCACGGCUACGCCAGCGACGUGGUGACGCUGGCCUCGUCCAUAGCCACGCAGCCCGAGCUGAUUACCAUACACAUGGAGAAAGGAGACAAAGGCUUCGGUUUCACCAUCGCCGACAGUCUGACGGGAGGCGGGCAGAGGGUCAAGCAGAUAGUGGACUACCCGAGAUGCCGGGGCCUAAAGGAGGGGGACAUCCUGAUGGAGGUCAACAAAAGGAACGUCCAGAAUAUGAGCCACAACCAGGUGGUGGACCUCCUGAGCAAGUGUCCCAGAGGCAGUGAAGUCACCAUGCUGGUGCAAAGAGGAGUGGUGCCAGCCAAGAGGAGUCCAAAGCUGGUGCACCAGUUAGAGAGGAAAGACAGCCAGAGCAGCUCCCAGCACAGUGUGUGCAGCCAUCGCAGCACCCACACUGACUCGCCCAGCCAUCCACCCUCUGCCAUGCCCAGUGAGGCGGUGGCCCCCACCCCUGCUGCCCCAACACAGCCUCUGCCAGGCCUGCCCCCCCAGGACCCCGCAGAUGGCACGCUCACUCUGCAGAAGAAGCCAGACCCCUUUAAGAUCUGGGCCCAGUCCAGGAGCAUGUAUGAAAGUCGACUGCCAGAUUGCCAGGAACAGGACAUUUUCCUUUGGCGGAAGGAUACCGGCUUUGGUUUUCGCAUCCUCGGGGGAAAUGAGCCUGGAGAGCCUAUCUACAUCGGGCACAUAGUGAAGUACGGGGCUGCCGAUGAGGAUGGACGCCUGCGGUCUGGUGAUGAACUCAUCUGUGUGGACGGCACAGCAGUGGUGGGAAAGUCUCACCAGCUGGUGGUGCAGCUGAUGCAGCAGGCCGCCAAACAGGGCCACGUUAACCUCACGGUCAGACGCAAGAGCUCUGGAUACGGAGUAUCUAAAGGAGAAGGCGACGUUCCGCCGUCGCCGGCGUCCUCGCACCACAGCAGCACUCAGGCGCCCAGUCUGACGGAGGGCAAGCGGACCCCUCAGGGGAGCCAGAACUCGCUCAACACGGUCAGCUCUGGCAGCGGCUCCACCAGCGGCAUCGGCAGCGGCGGCGGGGGAGGCAGCGGCAGCGCGGUGGUCCCCGCCUCCCUGCAGCCGUACGACGUGGAGAUCCAGCGAGGCGAGAACGAGGGCUUCGGCUUCGUCAUCGUGUCGUCCGUUUCCAGGCCCGACGCCGGCACCACCUUCGCUGGAAAUGCUUGUGUGGCCAUGCCUCACAAAAUAGGGCGCAUCAUCGAGGGCAGCCCAGCGGACCGCUGUGGGAAGCUGAAGGUCGGGGACCGAAUACUGGCCGUCAACGGCUGCUCCAUCACCAACAAAUCCCACUCGGACAUCGUCAACCUGAUCAAGGAGGCUGGGAACACGGUCUCGCUCAGGAUCAUCCCGGGUGACGAAUCUUCCAACGCUUCUCUACUGACCAAUGCUGAGAAGAUCGCUACCAUCACCACCACACACACCCCUCAGUCCACAGAGUCCCGGAAUAGUUCAAAGUCGAAAGGAGCUCCUCCUCCUCCUCCCACACAAACUCAAACACAGGAUGCUGAGUUUUACUCUGUGGACCUUGAGCGAGACAAUAAAGGAUUUGGCUUCAGUUUGAGAGGAGGACGGGAGUACAACAUGGACCUAUAUGUGUUGAGACUAGCAGAGGACGGGGCUGCUGUCAGAAAUGGGAAGAUGAGGGUCGGAGACGAGAUCCUGGAGAUUAAUGGUGAGAGCACAAAAAACAUGAAGCAUUCACGUGCCAUUGAACUGAUCAAGAAUGGAGGACGGAGGGCUCGGCUCAUCCUGAAACGGGGAGAUGGAUCAGUACCUGAAUAUGACGGCAGCAAUGACGGGCACCCUUCCACACCCGGGGCACAAAACACUCCGGAAGUGAGAACGCUGCCGCACAACAGCAGAUUUCACACCUCAUUGGAGUCCAGUUAUCCACCAGACCUUCACAAACCAUCACGCCAGGAGGAGGCUGCGCGUGGCCGAGACAUGGACAGGAACAGGGACAGGGCCGGGUCGGAUCAAAUGGACUACCAAGGUCGACAAUUUAACCCCCAUCAUCAUCACCCCUGGAAUAACAAUCACAGUCAGAGCACCCCCAGGCAGCAGUCUCCUGACAACGGUAACAGCAGUAGCAGUGGCAACAAGAAGGGCCGUGGCCGCAAAGUCAAGAAGUCCGAGUCGGAGAGCGGCAUCUCCAAACUCCUGAAGACUCUGAGGAAAGACAGCUCAGGGAAAAAGGCUGCAGCUGCUGAGAAACUGAGAGGGCGCGAGCUCUCGAGCAGCAGUUCUACUUUGGACGGGAGGUUCCACCGGCAGCGUCGCGGCUCCCUCGACCGCUCACCCACCCGAAAGCGCGCCUCUUCUCCCGACCGCCGGCGGGCCAAGUCGAUGGACCGCAGGGCCGAGCGGGCGCACCGCGACCACACACCCGAGCGUGAGUACGACGACGGAGGGUUCCUCGCGGCCACCCCCGAACGGAAGUUCUACGAGCGGAGGCUCCUCAAGGACUCGCAGACGGCCGGGCGGGUCAGGGAGGCGUCGACACCCGAACGCACCAACAACAACAGCGGGAGCUCCCUGUCUCUGUCCAGGGGCCGUGCGUACGACCGAGCCAUGAAGAACGGCAACCUUUUGAGGGACCCUUCCUCAGAGAGGCGGGAGGAGAGAUACCAGAUGAACGGGACGACGGAGAGACGAUACAGAGUGGAACGGGACUCUUCCCCCGACAGCAAUUACAGCCGGGAUGAGCUGAACUAUGCAGCAGCGCCCAGACUGAAAGACUACUACAGCAUGAUGAAGAACAACGCUGCACACAACAACGCUGCCUACAACAACACAGGCCACAACAACAACGCAGCGGGCCGCAGCCCAAAGCAGCUCCCUGAGCCCAAGAGAAGGCUGUACAAAGAAAGCCCCAAAGACCUCAGCAUCUAGAGCAGAGCAGAGAUCCCCCACCAUUCUCUCCUCUGUCUGUGCAAACUAUGUACCAUACACUGGAAUUGGAAUUCUGAGGAUACGAACUCUUGUGAUUCAUUUGGCUGAAUGGUUUAUUGAUUGAUUUGAUUGACUUAAGUACUUGUGUUCCCACCCAGAGAUUCAUUAAAACAGCAGGAGUACAAUCCUUCUAUCAGUUCAUACUGGUUGUUUUGUCAUUGUUAUUUUGAACAUAACAAAGCUUGUUGUACUAUAGUAAAGGUAUUGUAUGUGCCUGCAUAUGAAAUCAGUGAUUUUGCUUUUUUUGUAGGCAUUUGCUGACUCUAAAUAUUUGUUCCCUCAGAGGUAUGAAACAUGCUUCCAGUUGUGGGUGACUAAGCUUGUUUUCAAAAGGUUUUUAAAUGUUUGUUAUUUUCCUCCCCCCCAUUUCUGAAUUGCUUUACUGAACAAACUAUAGCACAAGACACUGAUGGUUCACCAGAACUGUGAAAAAUCAUGUUGGAUAAGGUGAGAAAUCAAAUUUUAAUAUCUGAUUAUAAAACCUAAUAUAUGAUCUUUUUGAAUUUGCUCACUAUUUAUUUUCUCGAUCUGGCACAUAUCUUGAGUAAGCUGCAUCGAAUCUCUAAGAACCAAGGUAGAAACCUGUACCUGGUAAAGCAUGCUGUACCUGUUACUCGUGCCCUAUCACUGAAAUGUGUUGCACUUCGCCCUGCUUUGCUCAGAUAUAGCCACAAACAUGCAAAGUUUAGAAGUCAGACAACUGAUAUUACCAUUGACAUUAAAUUUUUUUUAAACAUUUUCCCUGUAGUGGAAUCGCCCCUCGAGAAGAGACUGACUCACUUUCAGCUAAAAGUAAAACUGUUCUCUGAUCCAAAUUUCUUGCUCCACAAAAUUAAGAACUUCAGAUGAGAAUGCAUUUUGCCAUAAUACCAGCUGAAGCUGCCAUACAGUUUGAUUUUUCGGAAAUGCCAAAAGAAAAAAAAAAAAAGAGAGAGGAAAAAAAAGUCAGAUAAAUGUGUAAAUUGUCCCUGUGCAAGAUGCAUGUGUAAAUUAAAACAUAGUUUAACCACUAUAUCUGAUCGGUCUGAAGGAGAAUAAGCGAUGAGGAACAUGCACUGUAAAGCCACAGUGAUUGUUAGCCCUGUCCUCAUGUUUGUUAUAACCCACUUUUCUUUUUUAACACCGACCUCCUUUUGGGUCCUCACACAAAGAGCUGCUGUGGUUUGUUGUGUUGGUGACAUGCGGAGAGUCCCGGUACAGGAGACGACCAAUCUGCCAUGCUGAGCCAUGCCGUCACGCCACUGGAGUCUGACCGCUGCUUUUUAAUGUGUUUUGUGUGUAUUCUCUGUUUUAUGUUUCAUUUGAAAACUAAAAAUAUAUCGGAUGAACCACAACAAAUGCAUUGUUUGAUCACUGUUGUCGCCAUGGUACUGUAUUUAACAAAAAAAAAGAAAAAAAAAACGGAAAAAA